AAACCGGGGGGCGCCUCGCCCUCACGGCAAGGAAAUUUCCCACCUCCACCAAUCUCCCAAUCUCCUCCUCGCACAAAUCUCUCCGCCUCCCCCUCCCCCCACCCCCUCCCCUCCCCCGCCGCAUUGCUCCCCGCGCACCGCCGGACCCCACUCGCCCCACAGGCCGGCGAGACGGCGCGCAGGAAGAGCGGGCGGGCGGCGGCGGCGGAGGCGGGCAGGGUAGCAUGUGCGACCUCGUGGCCCGCACGGGUCGCCACCAGCAGCGGUAUGAGGACGGCAGACGGCUCGUCGCCGGGUGCAUACCAUUCAGGUAUAGAGCUGAUGAAACUUCUGGUGAUGAACAGAAAAAAGUUGUUGAAGUUCUCAUGAUAAACUCCCAAAGCGGACCAGGUUUAUUAUUCCCCAAGGGAGGAUGGGAGAACGAUGAAACAGUUGAACAAGCAGCUGCUCGAGAAGCUAUAGAAGAAGCUGGAGUUCGAGGAGAUAUAGUGCAAUUUCUAGGCUUCUAUGAUUUCAAGAGCAAGACGCAUCAGGACGCGUGCUGCCCCGAGGGCAUGUGCAGAGCGGCAGUGUUUGCGCUGCACGUGAAGGAGGAGCUGGCCUCAUGGCCCGAGCAGAGCACCCGCCGGAGGACCUGGCUGACGGUCCCCGAAGCCACGUCGCAAUGUCGGUACCAGUGGAUGCAAGAGGCCUUGCUGACGGGCUUCUCCGAGUGGCAUGACAACUGGAGCAAAGGCGGCAGUGCAGCUGGCGACCCAAUCUAAACGCAAGAAGGCGUCGUCGUCUGUCGUCUCUCACUUUCCUUUGCCUUCUCUAUUCUCGUCUCUAGGCCCCAACCUUGCACGCAAAUUGCAAUAAUACACUGUGGUGCUUUUACUUGAUGAUGCCUAGUAGGUCAUUGACCCUUGGUUCCUGGGAUUGAAGUCUUAGCGUAGUGGUAUAUCUCAUCGAAGACGAGAAUUAUCACAAAUUUUAAGUGUCUGAUUCUCGCGGUGUCAUAUUAUUUCUCAAAAUUCAGCUUGAUUUUGAUUUCUUGCUCCUGAUUCUGGGGAUGCCUACCGUAAUGUAUUUUACCAGACCUGAAAUCGAGAAGUGUACUUGUUGACUCA